AUGCACCCGCGUCCGGCUGACUACGACUUUUCGGUUAAAAUGAUGAAGGGUUUCGGCUUGCUUUUUUUGCAGUUGUUUUUUCCACCUGAUGAGUGCGCCAAUCGGUUUCCUGCAUUCGCCCGUGGGCAGGUGGCCAUCAUCGACGCCGAGGCGGACAUUCGGGAUUUGGACGUGGGCGACAUUGACGACCCCACGACGGAUCUUCCGGCCAGUGUGAAGCAGGAAAUUCUGAAGCUGAAGCAACAGUCGGAGUUCGUCGCGAACAAGAAAAACCGGGCCGACCCGGUGGACAUGGUGUCGCAAAUUCCCACCGGGAAACAGACGAUGUGCUUUGCGGUGCUCAACCUGGAGUACGCCAUCGAGCAGGACCGGAAAACCGGGCGGGGCUCGCACGACCUGGCGCAGCAGUGGCAGGGACUGCUGGAGACGGGGGGCACGGAGGCUCGCUUCUACGCCGUGGAUCCGGACCGCAUUUUGAUUGUCACGAGCACCAACAGGGACCUGGAGACGGUGCAGAAGUUCGUUUUGAGUUACCCGGAUAUUGUGGACUUUUUCGAAGUGAACCAAAAGAAAGUCUUCCCCAACAACCGCUACAAGGAAUUGGUGGACGACGAGGAGCGGAAGAGAGUUGGCGAGAAGCUAAAGUGGGGCGGACGGUACAUUCCGGAUCGGGAACAGAGGCCCAGGGUUGUGAAGCCGGUGGAGGAUGGAGCAAGUGAAGACAAGGGGAAAAAAAGCCCUUCCGAUGGUGGAACACGUAAGGAAGGCCGUAAAGCAACAGCAAAGAAGAAACCCGGGGAGAAAAGGAGAAGCAAAAAGAAAACCAAAGUACGGGAGGUUGCAAAGAAACCUCCGGUUGAUGUUACUGUGUUGGAAGAUGACGAUGACGAUGAUUUGUAAACUUUCUCCGUGUUAGAGUUAGUUGUUGCUGACGCAAACACUUUAUGAAAAAAGUAACGGAGGAGAAACAAAUACAAAGCUUCGCGGCAAUCGAGAUGCUGUAUAUGGAAAGUGGUCAGUACGCUUUUGGCGCAUGCAUCUUCUUUCUGCACACACAGAGCACCAUCGUUGCAUAAAGCAUGAAGCUGCGCUACCUGACAGCAAGUAUCAGAUCCGCGGCUUUUGGAACAAAUGAAUCGUGCAC